AUGAUGUUUCCUCUAUCUAUAUCGAUUGUAACGACCAUUGCUGCCCCCUUUUCCCAUCUCCUCCUAUCGGUAGUCUCGGCAAAUGCAGAAACAUAUAUUUCGCGAGUCCAGGAUAUACCUAAAUUUGGAUUGGGCACUUGGCUCGCUGACAGAGAAAAGGUUGCCCAUGCUGUUCAAUAUGCCUUAGAUUCAGGAUAUACUCAUAUAGAUGCCGCUCUCAUCUAUCGAAAUGAAGACAAAACUGGCAAUGGAAUAGCUUGGGCAGGUGUUUCUCGAGAAGACAUUUGGGUGACAAGCAAGCUGUGGAAUGAACAUCACCGCCCUGAACGAGUACGAGAAGCAAUCCAACAAUCAAUAUCAGACCUCGGCGUGGGAUAUUUAGAUCUCUACCUCAUACACUGGCCGGUCGCUUUUGUUCCCGGCGAGGGAACUAAGAUAGACAAAAAAACAUCUAUCUUCGACACAUGGCGGGCCAUGGAAGACCUUGUCAGAGCCAACUUGACUAGGAAAAUCGGCAUUUCCAAUUUCGCCAAGAAGGACGUCGAGGAUAUUCUAGAUAUAUGCACAAUAUGCCCAUACGCCCAUGAAUUUGAGACGCAUCCUUACCUACAGCAGCAAGAUUUCGUUGAUUUCCACAAAGAGGUCGGCAUCAAGGUCAUUGCAUACUCACCACUUGCGGAUACGAAUCCACACUACAAUAGCAGUGUCGGGCCCAUCCUGAAAGACCCGUUCUGGAAAUUCAUAGCUGGGAAGAAGGAAGCAACCGUGCCCCAAGUGUUGCUGGCCUGGGGCAUGCAGAGAGGAACCAGUGUGAUUCCAAAGAGCAUUCACGAGCAACACAUCCAGGAGAAUCUCGAGGCGUUGCAUAUAAAGCUUACCGAAAAUGACAUGAAGGCUAUCGCUACCCAAGACAAGAAGACGAGGAUGAACGACCCUGGAAAAAGCUGGGGUGUAAAGCUGUUUGCAGAUUUGGACGAUCCGACGGAUCUAGAUGGGGAUGGAAAGAGCGAGGAGCUAUAA